UUGAUGAAAUUAACAUGAAGAUACCAAAACCAUUAUUUGGGAAAACUAUUACAUCAUAGCGAGCUGGACGAUGGCACUUGAGCUAGUCCUACUCUUUGUUUUGGGCACUAUAUCUCUUCUUUUCUUUAUCAGGAGAGUUCUAAACCACACUCACCGUGUUCAACACCUCCCUCCAAGCCCUUUAGCUUUGCCCAUCAUUGGCCACUUCCACCUUCUUGGCCCUCUCAUCCACCGCUCGUUCCAAGCUUUAUCGUUCCGGUUUGGCCCUAUAUUUUCCCUCCGCCUCGGCUCCGUCCCAUGCAUUGUCGUAACCUCUCCUAAGCUCGCAAAAGAGUUCCUCAAAACCCAUGAACUCUCCUUCAUAUCCCAUGCUCGGUCCAAUGCCAUCGAACGCAUAACCUAUGACUCUUCGUUAGCAUUUUCGCCCUACGGACCCUAUUGGAAGUUUAUCAAGAAGGUAACGGUGAACGAGCUCCUUAGUAGCCAUAGCGUCAACAAGUUUCAUUCCAUUAGGGCGGAUGAGUACACUCGGCUCCUGAGGCUGUUUUCUGAGAGAGCCGAGAGUUGUCGGGCUGUGAACCUCAGUGAAGAGCUACCGAGGCUUUGCCACAAUGUGAUAGGCCAGAUGAUGCUUGGAAAGUACUCCACUGCGGUUUUGAGCAACACAGAGCGGGCUGAGGAGGCGAGGUUGGUGGUUAGGGAGGCGACGAGGAUCUUCGGAGAGUUGAACUUAUGUGAUUUUAAUAUGGUAUGGAAGAAACUGGACUUCCAGGGGUUUGGGAAGAGAAUCGAGGACACACAUGUCAAGUUUGAUGAUUUGGUGGAGAAUAUUGUUAAUCAACGUGAAAAACUGAGAAUUAAGAACAAUAAAAUGAAUGAAGGAGAAGAGGAUGAGAAGGAGGUCAAGGAUUUUCUAAGCAUUUUGCUUGAUAUGUUGGAAGAUGAGAGUGGUCAACACAAGGAGGUUGGAUUUUCAAGAGUUCACAUUAAGGCUCUAAUUACGGAUUUGUUCACGGCUAGUACUGACACAACAGCUAUUGCAAUGGAGUGGGCAUUAGCGGAGCUCAUCAAUCACCCAAUAGUGCUCGAGAAAGCAAGGGAGGAGAUCGAUAGCAUAGUUGGGAAUGGACGACUAGUGGAAGAAUCAGAUGGUCCAAAUCUUCCAUACAUCCAAGCUAUCAUAAAAGAAACUUUUAGGCUACACCCACCCGUGCCUAUGGUCACAAGAAUAUCAGUAGAAGAUUGUAAGGUCGGGGAAUAUGUUAUUCCAACAAAUACAAUGCUUUUUGUAAACAAUUGGGCCAUUGGAAGAGAUCCGAAAUACUGGGAAAAACCAUUAGACUUUUGGCCGGAAAGAUUCUUAGAACACAUUGGGGGUGGCCAUACAAGUGGAAUGGAUGUUAGAGGCCAACAUUUUCAAUUUCUUCCAUUUGGGUCCGGGAGGAGGAUAUGUCCCGGUAUCAACUUGACCAUGAAUAUGGUUCCUAGUUUAGUAGCAGCUAUGAUUCAGUGCUUUGAUUGGAAGGUUAUUCCUAGCAAGAAGUUGAACAAUGAUGAUGUCGUUGAAAUGGAUGAAAAGCCUGGAUUGACAACUCCAAGAGCCCAUGAUCUUGUGUGUUUUCCGGUAGCUCGCUUCAAUUUACUCAAUAUUCUUAAACCUUGAUAAAGAGGACCUGAGAUGUUGGAGUAAGUAAUAAUAAUUGAGCUAUAAGCUCUCUCAUGCAUGCAUGUUUAUGUUUAUGUUUUCGCUUUCACUUUUAUUUUUAUUUUCUAUAAGGCAAUAAUGUAAUGUUUUUCA